AUGCACUCCACUUCCAGUAUGCUGGGAGCGGUGAAAAUGGAAGGCCAUGAGCACACGGACUGGAGCAACUACUACGGGGAGCCCGAGAGCUACUCCUCAGUGAGCAACAUGAACGCAGGGCUGGGCAUGAACAGCAUGAACACGUACAUGACCAUGUCGGCCAUGAGCACCACAGCCAACAUGACGGCUGCCACCUCUAUGAAUAUGUCCUACGCCAACACGGGCAUGAGCCCCUCACUCACUGGCAUGUCCCCAGGCACAGGUGCCAUGCCUGGCAUGGGCUCCGCUGGUGUGGCAGGAAUGGGUGCCCACCUAAGCCCCAGCAUGAGCCCCAUGGGGGGGCAAGCUGGCUCCAUGAAUGCUCUGGCUCCCUACACCAACAUGAACUCUAUGAGCCCCAUUUAUGGGCAGUCCAACCUCAACCGCUCUCGGGAUCCCAAGACAUACCGGCGGAGCUAUACGCACGCCAAGCCACCCUACUCCUACAUCUCCCUCAUCACUAUGGCCAUCCAGCAGUCACCCAACAAAAUGCUGACACUGAGUGAGAUCUACCAGUGGAUCAUGGACCUCUUCCCCUUCUACCGUCAGAACCAGCAACGCUGGCAGAACAGCAUCCGCCACUCUCUCUCCUUCAACGACUGCUUCCUCAAGGUGCCCCGCUCCCCAGACAAGCCAGGCAAAGGCUCCUUCUGGACACUGCACCCUGACUCAGGCAACAUGUUUGAGAACGGUUGCUACUUGCGCCGCCAAAAGCGCUUCAAGUGUGAGAAGCAGCUGGCCGCCAAGGACAGUGGUGGGGCAAGCGGCGGGGCAGGUGGCGGGAGCAAGAAGGGGUCUGGGCAGCCGCCCAGCCAGCCCCUGGGGGAAGGCAGCUCCUCAGGUGGCUCUGAGGGCUCAGCUGGUGCAGAGUCCCCCGCCAGCAGCUCACCAUGCCAGGACCACAAGCGUACCCUGGCUGACCUGAAGGGCACUACAGGGCUGAGCCCUGGCGAGCCGGCAGCCUCACCAGGGCAGCACCUCUUGGCAACCCAACACACUGGCCUGCCUCAUGAUGCCCAUCUCAAGCCUGAGCACCACUAUGCCUUCAACCACCCGUUCUCCAUUAACAACCUGAUGUCCUCCUCUGAGCAGCAGCAUCACCACCCUCACCACCACCACCAUCACCACCACAAAAUGGACCUCAAGGCGUAUGAGCAGGUGAUGCACUACUCAGGCUAUGCCUCACCUAUGCCCAGCAGCCUGGCCAUGGGCCCCGUAACGAACAAAAAUGGCUUAGAGUCCUCCCCUUUAGCCGGAGAGACUUCUUAUUACCAAGGUGUGUAUUCUCGGCCCAUCAUGAACUCCUCCUAA